CGUCUCGGUUUGCGUUAGUAGCACAACUGCAAGAUGGCGGAGCUCGUCGUAAAGCAGAAUGGCGAUGCCUCUAGAAUAAAAUGAUUUUAUAAAUGUAUUUAAGUUAGUUAGAAAGUAAAGUGAAUCCUCAACAAUUGGAUACAAUUUUGCUCUCGGCAUUGGAGGAUGAUCAGUGCCUGCUAGACCCCAACAUUAAGCCGAAUGCAUUGUGAUUUCCAAUAAUUGAGACAGUGAUUCUGAAAGCUGUCUACAUUAAUGAAAAGAACAAUGUAGUCAGCUUAGCAUAUUCAACACCGGUCUAUACAGGGACGUCUCUGCAUGUGUUCUGAAACCAAUCUAGUGUAAACCAGCCUCCCAAGUCAGCCCGAUUAAGAAACAAUCUGCUUUUUGGUCGUAGCCUGUAGGUUCUAACUCAGAAAGAAAUGGAGAUAGAUGAUAUUUUACCCCCCCUCCCCUUGGAGCCACCUGCCCUCCCUGACGAGGAUAGAGCCCCUCCACCACCUCCCCUGCAAACGUCCAGUGACGCAGACGUAAUGGACGUUAGCUCUGGUGGUGAUGGAUACACACACACCCCAGCAGGGCCCGGGGAAGACAAAUGCCCUCAUCAACAACCACAUCAGCUGCAACUUCUGUCCAAAGGCUCUCUUACUUUUUGUAGCCAGCUCUCAGACGAGGCCAGCGCCAGCGGCAGCACAUGCCCCAGAACAGCUAGGCACGCGCCGCCGGUCACCAACUUCCUUCCCGACCUCAAGCUGCUCCGAGAUGUUAAGAUCAGGGUGAGCUUCACGGAGAGCAAUAACAACAACAGCAGCAGCACUAGCAGUAGUAACAGCACUAGCAAGGACAGGAAGGUGCUAUUCACAGGCCUGGAGACACCUGGCUCCUGCCCCAUGAAUGGUGAGUUGCAUGACUCAAGUGAGGCAAGUUUAGGGAAUGGGCGACAAGAUGAUGAAGCCGAGUUAGACCAGGAGAACAAGGUAGAGUUUGCGGUUCUCGACGAACUGGACGACUUCUGCGACAACUUCCUGGACCCGGACGAGCGUGAAGAUAUGGGCUUCACGUCUGAUGUCAUAGCUCAGCAGGACCGGGGCGAACAAGAGGCCCUGGGCUACUCCUACGAGGAGGAGUUUGACCAGGACGUGGAUGCUCUGCUGGAGGAGGGCCUGCCCGUGGCCAAGAAGAGGCGCCUAACCGAGGACAAGUUUGCCGGGGACAGCGACCAUGCCUCGGACGGCGAGGAGGGCGGCGUCCAGCCCAUGAUGACCAAAAUCAAGACCGUGCUCAAGAGUCGGGGGCGACCUCCCACCGAGCCCCUUCCGGACGGGUGGAUCAUGACAUUCCACAACUCGGGCAUUCCAGUGUACCUGCACCGGGAGACCAGGGUGGUCACGUGGUCCCGGCCUUACUUCCUAGGCACUGGCAGCAUCCGGAAACACGACCCCCCGACCAGCAGCAUCCCCUGUCUGCACUACAAGAAGAUGAAAAUACAUGAGGAGAAGGAGCUCAAUGGCAAUGUGACGCACGAUGCAGAGGUGUCCCCCAUCGCAGAGAUGUCCCCCAUCGCAGAGGUGUCCCCCAACGAAAAGGGGUCCUCCAACGCAGAGGUGUCCUCCAACGCAGAGGUGUCCUCCAACGCAGAGGUGUCCUCCAACGCAGAGGUGUCCUCCAACGCAGAGGUGUCCUCCAACGCAGAGGUGUCCUCCAACGCAGAGGUGUCCUCCAACGCAGAGGUGUCCUCCAACGCAGAGGUGUCCCCCGCCAUGACCAACGACGAGGCCACGGAUGACGCUGCUGUCGUCGUUAACAACGGCGGCGGCGUCGAGGCUAUGGAGGAGCCGGACUCAACAGCCCAGGAGGACACGGCUCCGGAUCAGCAGCAGGAGGAGGAAGGAGAACAGGUCAAGGUUGUCCCCAUCGCCUUCCCACGCCCCAAGGGGUUCCCGAUGUUUGAGGGAGGCCAGGGGGCCCUGGGGCAGGUCACGGCCAAGGUGGAGGUGUGCAAGGACGAGUCGAUAGGUCUGGAGGACUUCCGCGUUUACCUGGGGAAGUGCUUCGACUUCGAGCAGGUGACCGUGAAGAAGUUCCGCACCUGGGCCGAGCGGCGACAGUUCAACCGGGACAUGAAGCGCAAGCAGGCAGAGUCGGAGAGGCCAAUCCUCCCCGCCAACCAGAAGUUAAUCACGCUGUCCGUACAGGACACGCCCACCAAGAAAGAGUUUGUGAUCAACCCCAAUGGUAAAUCGGAGGUCUGCAUUCUCCACGAGUACAUGCAGCGUGUCCUCAAGGUCCGACCCGUUUACAACUUCUUUGAAUGUGAGAACCCAAGUGAACCCUUCGGCGCGUCGGUCAUCAUCGAUGGAGUGACCUACGGCACCGGCACUGCAAGCAGUAAAAAACUUGCCAAGAAUAAAGCUGCUCGAGCCACACUGGAAAUCCUCAUCCCAGACUUUGUGAAACAGACCUCGGAGGAGAAGCCUGUCGAGGGGGACGAGCUGGAGUAUUUUAAUCAUAUUAGUAUUGAAGACUCGCGGGUGUACGAGCUGACCAACAAAGCAGGACUCCUCUCCCCGUAUCAGAUUCUACACGAGUGCCUUAAAAGAAACCACGGGAUGGGGGACACCAGCAUCAAGUUUGAGGUGAUCCCCGGGAAGAACCAGAAGAGCGAGUAUGUGAUGACCUGUGGGAAGCACACCGUGCGUGGCUGGUGUAAGAACAAGCGUGUGGGCAAGCAGCUGGCGUCCCAGAAGAUCCUCCAGAUGCUGCACCCCCACGUGAAGAACUGGGGCUCCCUACUCCGCAUGUACGGCCGGGAGAGCAACAAGAUGGUGAAGAAGGAGAAUUCGGACAAGAGUGUGAUUGAGCUCCAGCAGUAUGCCAGAAAAAACAAGCCAAACCUUCACAUCCUCAACAAACUGCAAGAAGAAAUGACGAAGCUGGCCAAGGAGAGGGAGGAGACCAGGAAGAAGCCCAAGAUGACCAUCAUGGAGUCCGCCCAGCCAGGCAGCCAGCCCCUCUGCACGGUGGACGUCUAAGUCCAGCAAGCACUGAAGCCCGACACUGUAACACAAACAUCCACACAUACACACACCAUCUUCACCGUCUUAGACCACGCCCCGGAGACACAAUGGCAAUACCGCAACGCACCUGAGUAGCCGCUCCGCUUGUACCCACCUGCCGUGUUUGUUAGUUUUUCGUUGGCUAUGUGGUCGCUGUGAAGGGUCACUUCCAGGGUCCUAGAGCAGGUGUCCUCUACCUCUCGAUGCACGGCACCAACAGCACUUGACAAAAACAUCAUGGGACACGAUGCAACGAUGUUGUGCGUCCUCCCCUCAACGGCACCAUUUUGUUUGUGGUUUUCCGAUCGGGAAGCCACGAUCUACCGUGUCUGGCUUGUUUGUUCUCCAGAUGUUUUGAAAGGGAUUGACACAUUACACACUUGUAUACUUCUACCACGUGUUUUUAAUAGGAAAAAAGUUAAUGAAGUGUUUGUUUGGUAUUUUUAUUCUUGGUGUUUAGUAUUUUAGGCCACUACGGAUGUUUCUUUGUUUUUGUUUUGUGUUGCUCUUCUGAAGGUAAGGCAGUGGGUUCCACCAUGAGAUUUUGUUUUGUGGUGUGACCUAUUCAACAAACUGCUUAUGCACUCAUGGCCUUUUCAAAGGGCGUCUAAACAUGCUGUUAAGACAACAAGUGCUGCAUUCAAACAGGAUGGGAGUAUUGAGUUUUUCUUUGUGUUACGAGACUUGUUGCCUUUUGGAAACAUAUCAGCAGAGAGCCGUUGACGCUGCUCCGUCAAGCUAGUGUCUUGCUCUUUACACUAGCAGUGCAGAAACCGAAGCACAGGGCCAAAAAGUACUGUAAGGGGAGACACACAUGGUGUGAGUUCAUUUUUGUUUUUCUUUAGGUGUUAGAUUUAAACAUGCUUAGCUUUUUAUGGCAAACAGCCAAUGCCGUGUAUUUUUGAACCAUUUAGCUCGAUGUGGUUGUUGCUUUGCGAACAUUUGUUUUGUGCCCCUGUUGAAUUAAGCUUCAUGUUGCCUUAGUUGACUCAUUUCAUGAAGGGCUCUGAAUGUGUAAAUUGGACCUAAAAAAUAAAGCAUUUAUUUAGCCAAUUUUAUUGGUGACGCCUAUAUUACAACAAAGAAUAGAAAUGCCUAAAGCAUGUGCAUAUUUUUGAUAGAUGGGUGGUCCAUCAUGCUCACAUCAAUCUGCCAUAGUCAUGUUGUGACUGUUAAUCACGUAUCCUAGUCCGAUUUUUCUAAACAAUUAGAUAACUUACCUCCUACAGAAAUAAGUUUUACACAAAAUAAACGGUACAUACCAAAGCUUAAAUAGUCUCUUACAGAAACACUUAAUGUUGCAAACUAAGAGUAUAUUACCAGUGGUUUGCAAAAACUGGAAAAACUGCUUUGUAUGUGUUUAAGUAGUUGGCUUGUGCAUUUAUUUUCUUGAAUGUUAAUGGCAUAGCGACAUUUCUUGAACAAGGCUUUGCUGGUAGGAGUAGAUGGCUUGAAUGUGUGUGCUUUCCUCCCUUCUGUUCUGUCUUGCCAAGUGUUUGUGGAAAGAAGUUUACACUUGUUGCGAUGGAGUUGUACCUCCAGAUUGUCUGCUUGAUAUGUCGCUGCCUAAAUGAAGUAAUGAUUACAACUUGAGCGCUAUGACUAUAGGGGUAUUCGAUAUGCAAAUAAAUUGUCUUGACUAA